AGCCACAUAAUCAUGAAAGCUCAAAAAGGCUCAUCCAUCUAGAUUCCCCAGUACUGGGAUCAUCUUUCUCGACACGUGGCAUGCAGAGACUGGUCAAAUCACUCUUCCUCUCUUCCACCUCAGUGCAGCCGAACACCACCAAAAUCUCGACCUCAAGAAACUCAAAGGUCAUCACUUCCCUUCUUCUCAUGGCGUUUACAGCUUAAAGAAUCGAAAAAAGAAAAAGGAAAGACUCGAGCUUUUCGGCUCAUUUAUGAAAUGGAGGCACUCAAGGCACUUGGGCUAACACCAUUAUCAGUCUUUGCUCAAAAAACAGAGCCCAAGAAAAACCCUUUAUCAUUAGCCACCAUCUCUCCAUUAAAAAUUCAAUCCUUUCCCGUUUCAAAACCUUUGCAAGGCAGUUUGAUCAUUUUGUCUUCAUUACUGAGCUCCGAAUUAGCGAAAGCAUUGACAUACGAUGAGGCCCUCCAGCAAUCCAUCCGCAGCUCCGCGUCGGAUUUUGACAUCAACAGCUUCAUCAGUUUCGCAUCCGAAAAUCCGAUCAUCGUCGGCGGCGGGGCGGCGGUUGUGGCCUUGCCGGUUGUGGUCUCGAGGCUGCUGAGCAAGCCGAAGCCGUGGGGAGUCGAGAGCGCAAAGUCGGCGUACAUGAAAUUGGGGGCCGAUGGAAGCGCACAACUGCUUGAUAUUAGGGCUACGGCGGAGAUAAAGCAGACAGGGAGUCCGGAUAUUAGGGGUCUGAAGAAAAAGCCGGUGGCGGUUGUGUAUAAAGCUGAAGAAAAACCGGGGUUUUUGAAGAAGUUGUCUUUGAGGUUGAAGGAACCGGAAAAGACAACACUGUUUAUACUGGACAAAUUCGAUGGGAACUCGGAACUUGUGGCUGAACUGGUUACAGCAAAUGGCUUCAAAGCUGCUUAUGCAAUAAAAGACGGUGCAGAAGGGCCGAGAGGAUGGUUGAAAAGUGACCUUCCAUGGAUACUUCCAAAGAAGACAUUGAGCUUUGACCUCAGCAACUUCACGGAUGCUUUUGGGGAGGCAGCUGAGAUUGUGCCCUUGACACUUGGUGUUGCAGCAGCAGCAGCUGGUCUUGGACUAUUGGCUUUUACAGAGGUGGAAACAAUUCUGCAAAUACUGGGUUCGGCUGCUCUCGUGCAGUUUGCAAGCAAGAAACUCCUGUUUGCAGAGGACCGGAAGCAAACUUUACAACAAAUUGAAGAGCUUCUGAACACCAAAGUUGGCCCUAAUGAGUUUGUGGAUGACAUUCAGAAAAUAGGGAAGGCUCUCCUACCAUCACCCAUAAUUAGCAAUGCUCUACCUGCUCAAGGAGAGACAAAGCCCGGCCCAACUGAAACUGCUGUUCUAAAAUCCAUUACGGAAAGUGUCCCAUCAGAAGCUAAAGACGUUCUACAAGUCAACUCUGUCCCGAAAACAGAAAUUGAACAAGAAUCUCUUCCUGCUCCUUCUAGGCCACUUUCACCUUAUCCCAAUUAUCCCGAUUACAAACCUCCAUCAUCUCCAAGCCCAUCACAGCCUUAGGGUCACAACAACGUAUUUUCUUGAGAUAUCAGCAGCAUAUCCUCCUCUUAAAAAGCUGAGGUUUUUAAGCUUACAUUUAUUUGAUGAGCAAGUGAAAAGAUAAUUUUUUGAGCCUAUAUGCGUAAUGUUAUUGGCAUCUUUAUCGUUCAAGUACUAUUGGAGCUCUCGUUCGAUACUGAAUUAGCCAGUUGGUUAGCUUCUUAGUUAGUAAUAAUUAAGCAAAUGAACGUAGCAAGAGACAGGUCUUUGAAUAUAUAGUUUUCUCUUCGAGUGUGAGAAUUUGUAUCAUAUCGUCACUUUGUACUGCCUGUCACCUACACGAUUACGGGAGCUCUUUGUGUGAAUGCUGCAAUUUGAUGGUGUUUUGUGGUGAAAUGUCGGGAUGCUUGAAACUGUGAUUUGAAUUUUUAAAAUAUAUAAAUGCAGAGAUUUUAAUUUCUUGUGCUUCGUAAUAUA